CCAAUGGUAAGCACACGGCAGACGGUCCCACCUCUUCUCUAAGGCCAUUGAGUGCAUUCAGCAACAUGAGCCAUGGAUGGCGCAUACGCAGGACCAUUUAUAACUUAUGCAUGAGGUAACUGAGUGUAUCGUCCAAGUUACGACUAUUUAAAACGUUUGGAGAAUCCGGGUAGGGCCAGUUAGACGCCAAAUAAAUAUUUUAUUAUCCUCAUUUUUUGUUUUUUGGAACUACAGAGAUCCAUGUGGAGUGUAUCAUACUGCAGGCAAACGUUUUUCUUUCUAGUUCUCCGCAUUAACUUUGGGAAAAGCAGUCCACUCGCGUAAUCACGAGGGUAGCGCAUGUCCCUUCUUUAGCCAAAUGUACAGUAUCGCUUACAUCAUCUUGGUACGAAAAUAACGAUAACACGUGACAGGCGAGUCCUCCCUGAAGUCGAGGUGAUUUCGCGGGGUAGUCUAGCGUUUAUUUCUACCAAUGGCAGUAGUAAGGCGGAGUCCAUUUCCUAAUGUUGCGCCCCUAAAUUAAAAAGCACGGAGCACGUUCAGCAGUCGGAGGCAUGGCAUUUACAGAACUUAGGCCAAAUAUAAUGUUUUAAAUUUGUCUAUGCAAACUUAAUUUUGCAGGGGGGUUGGACACACAGUCAUGGCAUCUGUGCCGUCUUCGUCUGCCAGGGCUGCCGUUAUCCGGUACCGGGGUAAUAUAUUUGGAAGAAAACAAGCUAAGAAGACCUCCUCCAGCAGCGGACUAAAGUACGGGUCUGCCCCGGAGGUAAAAGCAGCUGCGACGGACACUGGACGCGGCUGGGCGGAUACUUGGAAAUGGAUUCCGUUUGGUUUGAACACAAAGCAACACAAUUCAUUUAAAAUCGGCUUGCUAUGCGUGCUAAAAUGGGAAACCGGUCCUCGGAAACAACAACAGCGUCCAGGUCAGACUUCUAGUUUCAACCUACACGUUUCACCAACCCGGGGGUCUGGACUUUGGACUGCGGGUGGACUCGCAGCCGGUCAGAAAGCGGGUUUAGCUGGAGAGACAGAGCGGUGCCCCAUGUGGAAACUGUGUGGUUAUUUUCAAUCAGUUUUGGGUUCUCGAACAAACAAGGGGAAGAGGCUGCCAAGCAAUCCGACACAGGAGGACAGAUGGACCGCUUGGAGCAACGCCUCUAAAAUCAAUACUAGAAACGUGGAUUUGUACUCGUGUAAUGAUGACAGUGCGGCAACACAUGCAAUCCUUCGCAUCAGCGUGUAUCUAUUGCCGUCAAAGUGCUCACAUAGAGCCGCUGUAUUGUGUUGGCCGUCGGGAUGGAGUAGUUUUAGUCGAGCCUGCUUUUGUUGCACCGACGCCUUGUCUUCAGCUUUCCAAAUGACUUUUGGUACCGUUUUUCAGAGCCACAAACCCGGGGAGCUAUCCAGCAGUAAGCCGCUGACCUCCAGCGGGGUCGGGGCUGCUGAUAGUGAUAAUGUCGAUAUAUCCAUGAAGUCUGCGAUUUGUAAUGGUCACCUAAGAAAGGAGUUGGAUACAGUUGCUGAACGGGCAACGAGAGUAAAAGAAAUGAUACAAGAAACCAGCGGUCAGUGGGAGGGCGGUGGUUUCUCCGAUGGAAUGGCCAGGGUCAACGCUGAAGUUGAGCAGGCGGAGAGGCAGUUCGAGGCUCUGCUGAGACGCACAGACCCCGCGCAGAGUGAAGAGGCCAGGCGUGAGCUGGAACCCAGGAUAGAAGCUCUGAGGACACAGAGAGAACGCCUGCAGGCUUCAGUACAGGACUGAACAGCAGCCACAACCACCCAGGCUGUCUGCGUGGCGUCACAAGACUGAUGCUUCACAUUCUGUCAGCUUAAUAAAUACCUUACAGAUCAGUUUGAGCCAUUCCAGGGAUUGAAAUAAGCCUCCCAUUGCGUAGCAGUUUGAUCCAGUCCUGGUUUUACUCUUGAGUUUUUAAUGAGACAUACCUGAUCUUGUUAGCUAUGCACUAUGGCUAAUCAAGCUGGUAUUAAAACCUGGAACUGGAGGAAACAUUCUACGUUUUAUGUUUGGUCUGGUUUAAAAGAGUAGCUACAAAUCCAAUUUUCUGCCACAUUUUUAUGAUGUUUGUAAUUUGCAGUUACUCAAGUACAGUUUGUUUGUUUUUUGUCCGUGUUCAGGUGCUUUUACCUGAACCCCGGAGCUGCUCUGCAGUUCUGGUUGCCUGCCAUAGAUGUAACCCAGGCUUCAUCAGCCAAAGUCUUUUUAUAGAAUUAAGAGCCUGGGCCAUCACAUGGUCUUCUACUUUGGAACUCUAUUUCCUUUAGUUUAGUGGCAGUACUCUGCUGUGCACAAUACUUGAGUAAUUGUAAUAAGAACCAAUGAGAAGGAUUGCAGACAUCACACAAGGUAAGGAGACAGUAUCUGCUUACUCUUAAUAGAGACUGCAAUUGCAUUGCAAAGGACGAGCUUAGAUAAUCGCAGUAAAACCUGCAAUAGCUGAAACUGCUGUGCUGUUAAGAACACAGCGAUCCACACGUAUUUAAAAGGAGCCUUUACACCCAUGUUAAAUAACGCAGCAUUACCGUAGCAAAGUGCCAAAGUAUAAAAUGACUGUGAAUUGCCUGACGAAACGUGAUUCGCUCGAUCAUGUAGCAGAGUGCAUGUGUUUUAUUUUAUCUUGCAUUGCUUAAAGUGACUUUAAAUAACUGUGGUUGUGUAAUAAUCCUUGUAGCAGAAGGAAUCUGUGUUACUGCCAUUGCACCUCCUGGACUGUGCUACACAAACAGUAUUCACAGCACAGAGGGUACAAAGGAAUCGAGAUCACCCAAUUGUAUUCUUUGGAAACUAAAAUGUAUUUAUUUUGAAACUCAUUUUAUUAGGGUUUCCAUUUCAAGCCAUGAUUAUCUUUUUGGUUUUGUUUGUGCACUAUGUUGAAAAAAAAGUUGUGGGGGAUAUUGUUAACUGGUUCAUCUCAGUAGAAAGAUCAACUGGUCUGUGUAGUACCAUUCAUUUGUAAUGAUCAGCUGGUCUGUGUAGAAUCAUUUCAUUUGUAAUGUGCUGCAGAGAAAGCAAAGGGACCCAGUGGCUUCUAUUUGGAAAAAAAAAACCCACCAUAGGACUGUUUUUGAAUAGUGUUUGUAAAUAUUCUCUUGCAGUAAAUGCUGCUUGAAACUUGAGCUUCUAAUGAGCUCUUAAGUAGUUUUCAUGAACUCCAAGCCUAAUAUAAUUAGUUUACAAGGACUAAUAACAUGUCCGUGACCAAACAUUCAAUAAACUAGAGUGUUGGCAAUAGGGUCCUGUGUGCCUGCCUAAAGUAUUAGUUGUCAUUUUACAAAAAAUGAUUUUUUUUGUUAUGUCUUAAGCCAAUUCAGUGCUUAUGUUUAACCCUUAUCGUACUGAUUCUUUUGUCGAUCUAAAGAAUGCAAAAUUUUAAGUUAUGUAAUUCCAAAAGGAACUCUUAGGUAUACAUGUGAACAGGACUUUUUUUUUUUUUUUAAGCUUGUAUUUUGACAACGGGAAGUCCUGUCUGUACUUUUAAGAACCCUAAACAGUGCUCAGAUAAAGCAGGAUGUUGAGGGCCUGCCAGAGCAGAACCCCCUCACCCCCCACACCCCCGGUCUGGUGUAUGCCAGUCUUUCAUGAGAAGCUUUGAAACGAAUAAACUUUUGUUUUUUGAAAAAUU